AUGUCCUUCGCGCCGACUCAAUUACCCACGCCCUCCGACACGCCGCGAGCCAUGGACCAAGACGUCCCUUCUCCAGCCUCAUACUAUCCGAACCAUUCCACCAGCUGGACGCCCGUUGACAGCAUAACACCCAUCUCUACAAACCCGUCGAAAAAGAGGUCACGCGACGACGAACACGAACACGGUGACUCGGGGUCGUAUUUCACUCCUCCGGCUCCAGCUCCUGAAGAGGAACCCAUCUACGGCGAAGGCAUGGUUCUCAUCAACCCGCGAACAGGAAUAGCCAUAUCCGCAGAGAGUCAGACCGGAACCUGGUACGACGAGAAGGUUGAACAGAAGGUCAAGCAAGAAGAGAUUGCGGCUGCUGCCGCCGCGGCGGAGCCGAGACCCACGAUGCCCAUGAGUCGGAAAUCCAUGCGUCUAUCUCAAACCUCGAUCCGCUUGCCCCUAGAUACUGGGGUUGCUUCUGCGCCGGCGAGCCCUCCCAAGACAGCCGUAGACCAUCGGUCCGAGUUUGACGAAGCUACCCUAGCACUGGGAAUCGGAUGGACCAAGAUGUCUUCGGAAGACGAGGCGAUUCAAGCCGCUGCUAGAGGCUGGGCGAGAUAUUUAGACAACCAUUAUGCCCGAGAUAUUCACGGUGCCCAGAUUCUACUCAAGAGUUCUGGACUCAAUGCGUAUCUGGUGGGUGCCCAGGAAGGUUAUUUCUUGUUCUCCGAAGACUUGCUCGAGGGCAAACUGGUUGGCAGAACAUGGGAGACUUGUCUUAGGCAUUUGAAGUCUCAGCCUAUCGUCUUUGAAGGAGAAGAGGUUCUAAGAGCGGAGAGAACUCCUGGCCCGGAAGCCGCCAGAGUUCAGCAGCAAAGCAACGGCACCAUGAUGGAGAAUUGGGCAGACUAUAACCGAUUGAACAACGUGCAGGUUCAGGUCCAGCCAGUUGCUGUCUCGCAUGGAGGGAUGGAGCUCGAUUGA